UGUUUUAACAAACAAAAAAUGUAUAAAAUAGUCGAGACAAUAGAAAAAGGUUCUAAGCAACUAACCGUAGUCCCCCAGGCUUGGGAACAAGAAGGGAUACUUUUUUGGCCAAAAAUGAAGGCAGAAAAACUUAUUAAAAUAGGGACGUCUAUCCCUGAAGAUUCCUGGUUCCAAAUGAGCUGUAAAUUGAAAAGAAGAGAAUUGGAAACAUAUGAAACUGCUGAAAAGGAGUUACGAGCUAUGCUUAAAAAAGAAGAUUCAACUGAGUCAGAGGAACCAGAGGUAGUACCAAGGCCAAAACGAGUUAGAGUUAUGCUCCCCAAAAAAAGCACAUCUGGGUAUGACUUUAACGAAAUGGCAAUAAAGGCUGUUUGCACGGAUGCAGACGCGACUACAUCUAAAACUAUUGAAUACGGCAUCUCAUCAGAAAAUACUUUAGUUACUGACAGUUCUGAACAAAACGUUGUCUACUCGUAUAUAAAUGCAGACCAAAUAAGCGAUAACAAUUAUUCAGUCGAACAAUCAUCAUGUUUAACUGCUACGAUAAAUGACGUAUUACCAACCAGCGCAUUAUCAACCAUUCUUGGGAAUCAAAGUAUAAUUAUAAGUAACCAAAAUUUAAUUAUUGAAACUUUGCAAAAUUUAGGAACGAGUGAAAAUCAAUUAAAAAUAUUGCAACAGUUAUCCAAAUUAGAGGCCAUGGGGGAUGUAGUGGCAGGGAAGGUGUCGAAUAUUAAUUGCACCUGUAAAAAAGCAACUCCCAUUGUCCAAAAUGAUUCUAUAAAGCAAAUUGAAACCAUUGAAGACUUAGAUGCACUCGAAGAAAGUUUACGAGAUAAAGAAAUAAUGAAAGAGAAGACUGAGAAACUAAGCUACGUCUGUGGCAAAAGAGGAGAUGGUCAUGGGGUAAAUAAUAGCUUCACUUUAGUAGAUAGAAUGUUUACAAGAAAAUUUAUGACCUUAUGUUCGUGGGCUGGUGGCGCAAGAGGCGAAAGAGAAAAAGUGGCAUUUAAAAUGUACAAAAACGUUAUCUUACUUUUUUAUAAUGUCAUACAGUUGUCAGACAAAAGUUUUACGCAUAAAGAUUGCGAGGAAUUUUUUAAAAAUGUAAUUAGAAACUCAACGAGACGUAGCAAAAGCGACUUUUCGCGCGCAUCAACGGUUAAAAGGCGGUCCAAAAAAAUCGCAUCUCAAAAUGACACUUCUAAGGAUAUUUCCGGGGAUGUUCCGCAUAAAGAGGACCAUGACCAUGAAGUGGAAGAACGAAGUGACUGAUGGAAGGUUGGGUUUUAGGAGUUGUAGUAGUAUUGCUACAAUGCCAAAGAAAAGAAAAUUGUUUUAUUUUUUUUAAGAAUACUGUUUAUUUUAGUUUGUGUUAUAUUACAUAGGUAUUUUUUAAUAUGUAAGC